GUGGCGGGUUGGUUUGUUGCUGAUUGAAUCUUCUUCCUCCUCGGGGAGCCCCCCCGCCUUCUCCGCCCGGAUCCGGCCGGGCGCCCCGUGCCGUGGUUGGGCUGCGCGGCGGGCGCUCGCGGGCUCUGCGCGAUUGGAAUAUGGUUGGGGAAAUGGAAACCAAGGAGAAGCCGAAGCCGAGCCCCGAUUACCUGAUGCAGCUGAUGAACGACAAGAAGCUGAUGAGCAGCCUCCCCAACUUCUGCGGGAUCUUCAACCACCUCGAGAGGUUGCUGGACGAAGAAAUUAGCAGAGUACGGAAAGACAUGUAUAACGACACAUUAAAUGGUAGUACGGAGAAGAGAAGUGCAGAAUUACCAGAUGCUGUGGGACCUAUUGUACAGUUACAAGAGAAACUAUAUGUGCCUGUAAAAGAAUAUCCAGAUUUCAAUUUUGUGGGAAGAAUCCUUGGUCCCAGAGGACUAACAGCUAAACAGCUUGAGGCAGAAACAGGAUGCAAGAUAAUGGUCCGAGGAAAGGGCUCAAUGAGGGACAAAAAGAAGGUCUCCUUUAAGAGCAGAGGCAACCUUGAUCCAGCAGUUUUGGAGGUAGAGGAGGAACAAAACAGAGGCAAGCCCAACUGGGAACACCUGAAUGAAGAUUUACAUGUACUAAUCACUGUGGAAGAUGCUCAAAACAGAGCAGAAAUCAAAUUGAAGAGGGCUGUUGAAGAAGUGAAAAAAUUACUGGUACCUGCAGCAGAGGGAGAAGACAGCCUUAAAAAGAUGCAGCUAAUGGAACUUGCAAUUCUGAAUGGCACUUACAGAGACGCCAACAUCAAAUCACCAGCCCUUGCCUUUUCUCUUGCAGCGACAGCCCAGGCUCCAAGGAUUAUUACUGGGCCUGCGCCUGUUCUCCCCCCAGCUGCCCUGCGUACUCCUACGCCAGCUGGCCCUACCAUAAUGCCUUUGAUCAGACAGAUACAGACCGCUGUCAUGCCAAACGGAACUCCUCAUCCAACUGCUGCAAUAGUUCCUCCAGGACCUGAAGCUGGUUUAAUUUACACACCCUAUGAGUAUCCCUAUACACUGGCACCAGCGACAUCAAUUCUUGAGUAUCCUAUUGAACCUAGUGGCGUAUUAGGUAUGGCUUUCCCAACGAAAGGCUAAGAAUUCAAGAACGGUCUUAACUGAACCCUCAUCAGAUCUGAAUUUAACAAAUGCUUAGUUUCAGCAGUCUUGAAAAAAAGUAGCCUAGCAGUCAGUGACUUACUUGCACUUUUUUGCACAUAGAUAUAAAAUAAAAUAGUGCUAUUAAUUUGGUUUAGUCUCUAUUAUUACAAAGUAGCUGUAAUUUAUGAGUGUAUAGUAGUAUACUGACUGCUAAGUGUUCUAUACUGUUUGCUUUACUAAUCACCUAAUUCAUUGCAGUUCAUACUUUAUUGACUUAAAGUUUAAAACCACAUCUGUAGGCAUGAAGAAUUGCUUUAAAACUUUUUUUAAUGGUAGAAACUGGAAGUGGUCUGAAGAGUAGCAAAUAAUUGUCAGUAUUAAAAAUGGCAUUAUUUAAAGUAGUGCUGCUGCAAAAAAGGCACUUCAGUGAAUAUGUGACUAGUAAAGCUUAAAUGUUCUUGGAUCUAAUAGAUUUCAUGAAAUACUGUAAUGUUGGGAUUGAAAAUGAGUGGAUUAAACAGGUUAAGGCCAGGAUGUUUGAAAUAAAUGCAAUAUUAAUCUGCACAGAUAUACUUCAUAUAUUAAAGUUAAGAUUUGAAACUACUGUGCCUUAACUUGUUGCUUUCUUAAAAUGAAUUUUGUAGUAAAUGAUCACUUAAAUCCAUUUUGCUAAACCUGCUGUUAAUGUUUAUCUUUGAAUGUUUUCUAACUUUGUCUUGGUAAUUGCAAUUUAACUAGGUGCGGUGGCUACUAAAGUUCGAAGGCACGAUAUGCGUGUCCAUCCUUACCAAAGGAUUGUGACCGCAGACCGAGCCGCCACCGGCAACUAACCUAUGACCUUCUGACCUCUGAACUCUUCACCCAAUGAUGACCUGACCAUGCCUGCCUGCUGAUCAGUUAACUGGUAAUCGCCUUUGCUUGCCUGUCUUCAGUGCAGCGAGCUGAGGCACUUGUCCGUUCGUCUUACCAUCUAACAAAAAAGACAAAGAAAUUAUUGUCCUCCAACUCAGCUUUUUUUUCCUGUUUGGGUGAAAGUGGUUCUAGAACCUGCACUGAAUAGUAGUAAAGCAAUAAGGUCCAAUUCAUCCCUCAGCACUGAUCAUCCUUUAGUGUCCCACCCUAAACGAACGGUAAGAAAGCCUCACUUAAGUGAUGGAGACAGAUGUCCCUUAACUACCCGAUGACAGAGGCAGUUACUGUGAGCGACUUCUAGGAACCUUUUUCUUCUCAUAAUGAAGUCAAAGCUCUCUUUGAAUGUACUGUGUGAUGAUGCAUCAUGCAUGAACCUUUGGUCAGGGAUGUCAUUGGUGAAGGGAUUCCAAAAAGUAUUCAAAAUUUGACUUGCUGUUUAGUCACUACCAGUGCCCUCAAAGGGCAAAAGUUGCAGCCUUUUUUCUAUUGCCUGCCAAAUUGGAUGUUUUAAAAGAACGUGUGCCAUGAAAUAUAGAUUUCAGUGAAUUUUCAGAACUAUGUUAAUGCAAAGAACAAAACAGCAACACUAUGAAAGCAAAAUCUGAGUUAUAAUUACUUUAACCAUAUUUAAACUUUCUUAAAAGAUUAUAUGAGAACAAGGUACAUGCAUUAUGUGUCACAUUACUGGGCAAACUGUUCAAAUAUUUUUUUUAAACCUCCCUGUAUAGAAAAAUUUCAUUAAGGAUGUAAAAGCCAUGCUUGCCUAUUUGCUGUAUACAUGUAAUGAAAUUGUAGAUAAAGUGUAGUGCAUUGAAACAAAAUGAACAAAAAAGUAGAUACUUUUACUAUACAAGGGUGCUGGUGCAGAAAAAAUAUAUUUUUGGAAAUGUAGCAUUUUAUACUUUCAAGUGUUAUAAAAAAAAGAAAAAAAGAACAAAGGAACAACCCUUUAUUUCAUUAAAUGAUUUUUUCUGGUGGUUGUCAAGAAACAAAAGACCAAAAGAGCCUUUUUGUCUUUCUUUUUUAUUUUUUAAGUAUUGGAAUAAGUCUAAAGAAAAGGAAGUGCCUUAUUUUCUUCAUGGUCAUUUAGUCAAAUGUCUCAUAUAAUCAGCUCCUCCCUCAGACAACAAGUUAAUGCAUGCCACUUAGUCGCCCAGAAUGUGAAAAGAAGCUGGGAAAGGAAGACAAAUGAGUUGACCAUUUGAAAUACCUGAUUUUUGCCAUAGUAGCAUGAUGCAACUUUGCCAAAUUUUAUAAUGUGAAACGUUUGAUAAUUUUUCUAUCAAAUGCUGGCCCCCAUUAGUCUUGCAACAUUUUCACCAUCUCAAACCAUAGUUAACACAUUUUGUUUUAUGUACUUGCUCAAUCUAAACCAAAGGGUUCUGACUCAUUCUAAAUCAGAGCAUUAGCUGACAAAUGUUUAUAGGGCAGCAAAUGCUCCAUUUUGUUCAGGGGAUGGUGUGGAGUUGUCUUGAUUUGAAAUAUUGACAAGUAUAGCAGACCUUGUACUUGUCCACAGAAUGAAGUUUGGUGAAUAAUGAAAUUGAACAUGUUUAAGUAAUUUUAAGUCUGACCUAAGCAUGUCCCAGUAUUUUGUAAGCAGCUCCCAUAGUGUCAAAUAGUGUAUAAGAUAUUCAUUUCUCAUCAGCCCCUGCUUGAUUAAUAUUGAUUGUUUGUUGCUUUUUAUUCAAAAGAAAAGCAGGAAAGACUCAUUAACUAACUAUUUAAAAAUUCAUCUAUAGUUCAGUAUUAUCUUUUAGCACCACAUGAAAUUCAUGCAGCUAGACCAGCAUAACAGCUGAGAAGCUUUUUUGAAUAGUGUUGAAUUCUGAAAAUAUUGAGCAAGUAUCAGUUUGCUAAUGGCUCAGUAUUAGACUUGGCAAAUAUCAGGUGAUCAUUUAUUUCCCCUGUUGUCAACUUAUUCUCCUCCUGCAUACCUUCAUAGCUUCCAAAUCAAAGGUCAAUAGUAAGCUAAGAAAGAGGAUUUACAGUUUAAGCACCUGUAUGGUGACCUCAUCUAACAUCUUGUCUCACCUGGAAACAAUUAUCAGUUUAUUUACUAUGCAAUAGACAUUCAUCCUUUUGUAUUCAGCUAGCUUUUGUUUAUCGUGCCACCAGCUUUGUCUUCCUGUUACACGUACAGUUGUUUUGACUUAAUUUACAGUAUAUAUGCUGUGCCAUUUUGAUUUUUGUUUGUUUGGUUGAAUAAACCUGCGACACUCAAACAUUUGAGAAGAGAUUUGCUAAAACAAUACCAGUAUUUGAUCCAGAUUCAUCUCAACUAUGAUAAACCUGGACAUUGUUUGUGACAUGUAAUAGUAAUGUUUGCUCUGAAUGAACAAACGUUUGAAAACAUAGUUGACAAAAUUUUGGAUCAACUUAAAAAAAAAAGCAUGACUUUUGAAAUCUCUGAAUGCCUUGGUUCUCAGUAUUAUCAUUCUUUAUUGAAUUUUUCUUUAUUAAAAUAUGUAGUUUUAAGACUUCUUUCUGACAGUAUUAUGUAAUUUUUUUAGAGUGGGUAGAUGGGAGUGUCGCUUGUAUGUAACAGUACAGAUGACAUGUAUUUGUCUAUUCUUUAUUAUCUUAGUAGUUUCAUGCUGUGUAUGUAUCAUAACCAACCUAUUGCCUAUGAGAAACAUGUAAGAUAAUGUAUUUACAGCCAUUGUUACAAGUUUAUAAUGUAUUUUUCUAUCUUGUUUUAUAUGUAUGUUAUAUAAAACAUUCAAUUUUUUUCCUGAUUGAGAAAAAAAGGAUACAAAAAUGCAAAACCCACAAUUUUGAUAACUGAAAAUUGCCAAUUGUUUUGCAGUACUUUAUUAUAUUGGGAGUGUUGUCUUUCUUGGGCUUUUAGUUAGCUACUGGAUGAAUACAUUAGACAUAUUUGGGUUUUAGUUGGGUUUUUACAUAGCUUGCAUUUUAAUUCUUUGGUUCUUUGCUGUUUCUAUUAACCCAUAGCAUUAUUUUAAUAAAUGUUAUAAUACCAACCUACUAACUCUGGACUAUGUCUGUUUAUUAACCAUUACAUGUUUAAUUAAAAUAAACAAACAAAGACGGAAGAAUGUAAAGUCUUGAGUUACUGGACUAACCCUGAAGAACGUGACCACAGAUAACACAUGACUUGUAUUUAUGUUGUUUGUCGGCUGAGAUUCUGCACACUACUAUUAAAUUGGCUUUUGGUCAUUCUGGCCUUUACCUUGGGGGUAGGUGGAGUAGAGAUGGAAACAAAGUAGCAUAAUUUGAAGCAUUUUUCUUGUAGUCUUGCCACUUGCCUUUCAGCAUCUGCAUUACUAAUUCCACACGUUACUUUUUCUUUCUCUAAAAUAAUCACUGUCAGCUCACAGCAAAAGAGCAAAGAUGCCAGUAUAUUGGUAAAUCAUGUGAUGGUGUACCCAGAGAAACCAGUUUGAUUCUUUGUUGAACCAUAUUGAUGUCACAGUAAAUCUCAUUGAAAUUUGCCAUUCUUUAUUUAAAGCACACGAUUCAGUGUCACAUCUUGUGACUCUCUUGUAUUUUGUAUAAGCACACAUUACUUCUGGACUAUAUUUUUUUGUGUAUCUGAAGCAAAGAACUGGCUUUUUUUCUAGGACGUCACAAAGAUUUUCCUGCAGAUUGCUUUAUUUCCUACUUGGCAUACUAUUUAUGUAAUUUUUUUGUACGUCUGUAGUCUGUCAUUAUCACCUAGCUCAGGGGAGUACAACUUCUUAAAAGCCAAAGAUCAAGCUGGAUCAUUUCCUGAUGACUACAGAAAGUACAAAAUACUAAACCUGUUGCACUAUAUUACUGAGAAAUAGCCAUUUCAAAUACCAGGGCUCAUUACCUGUGAUCUCUGUACCUGUGGAUAAUCAUAGCAACACGAAUGCAGGAAAUGUAAGUGGUGAAAACACAGUAGUAAAUAAGUUUUUGUUUUUGAGCUUCUAUGCAAAUGACUUCUACAGAGAAACUUCGUAUUUAAAAUUUUCUACUAUUUGAAGUUUUGUUUGUAGUCUGGUUAGGCUUCCAAGAUUUGUGCUUAAAUGUACAAUAAUUACCAGGUAUUGUCUUGGGAGACUCUUGAUGCACAUCACUUAUUUCCCUGAUAUUGACAGUUUACUUUUCUGUGAACUAGCAAUCUGCUUGCCUAGGAAUAAAAAUUCAGAUGAGAAAUCAGCAUCUGUUCAAAACUGGGUUUUUUCCAUUUGUUGUCAUAAGUUUUAAUUUACAGAUCUCAGAAUCCUUGUAAUAGUUUUUAUUUUAAAAAGUGGAAAGUUCUCCCAAUUUUUUUAAGUUAAUUUUAAUUUUAUGUAGAAAAAUUGGGCCUAGCACUAAUUAAUACGUAGUUUGUGCAUUAAUUUGUUAGGCAUGUUGAUGUACAACUAGAUAUUUUUAAUACCCAUUUAAACAUCUAGUUUAAUUUACAGAACUGUACAGAUGCAACUGUAAAAUAGAGAAAAUUGAUGCAUCUAGAACAGGUUACACGUGUACAAAAAAAAGUACUUUUGGGGGCCAUUCAUUGCUUAUACUCUGAAUGCAUUGCUAUCCAAAAAUUCAAUGAAACAGUGUAAAAAGAAAAUAACUCAUAGUGGAUAAAAUCAGAACCUUAUGAUUCCAGUAAUGUGACAUCACAACUAUGAAUUUAGAGUUAUAUAGAAAAUGCUCAAAAUGUUUGAGGCAGGACAAGUGUUUAAACUUUGAAAUGUCUACAAAUUUGAUUAAAACUUCCAGGGUGGGACUAGACAUUGUUACAGUUUUUGGAUAGCAAAAUAUCUUUGUUCCAGGGGCAAUUAGUUGGAUGCUUACGAUACAACUUUAUGAUCUUCAUUAUCUUUUAUUAUCCAUGAACUACUGUCAUAGUUUGCCCACAGUGGGCAUUUUCAUCUCAUUGUCAAUUAUACAUAGUAAUGAACAUUUGCCCAGAAGAGAACUGGGUGGUUGUUUUUUUUAAACUGAAGGAAAACAAUUAGCCUUAAAAGCAAAAUAACUCUUUUUACACAAAUUAAUGUUACUAUUGAACAUAAGUGCAGGUCUCCAUAGCUAUCUCCAUAGCUAAGUGCUUAACUAAAAAUCUUGUCAACUAUAAAAAGGCAACAAUUUAAGAUGAAUUUCUGGCGCUUGAGCUUGAAAACUUCAGUGUUGCUCUAUUGUUAAAAUUUUUUGUGUUUUUAAUUCUGGAGGGGAAAAUGGCUUUCAGAUUUUAUAAAAAGCAUGUAUUCAAGAAAACCUACAGCACUGCAAUUCCUUCCAGUAAAAUGGAGUCAAUUUAAAUAAGUAUGUUUUAUUUCAUUUAAUUUAAUUUUUUAUGUAAAUGUAAACAGAAGUACAACAAAACACUUUUAAAUAAAUACUGGAUGAAGCAAUAUAUUUUUCAAAAACAACACUUCAGAAAAUCAGCCUCUUGGAGAAUAAUCUUACUGUGCAUCAAACCAAAAUAUGUUUCAUAGAGAGUCCCCAAAGCCUGACUUUAAGUUUUUUGUGCAGAUAUUUAAUCAGUUUUAGAUUACUAAUCAGUAUUUACUAAUAUACUAUUUGAACAGAUCUUUUAACAAGUUUGUGUAAAAAUCCACUGAUACAUA